AUGAUUUAUCCUGACCAGGAAUCAGUGAUUGAAGAUAAUUAGGAAAUUUGUAAACUUUUUAAAGAACUUUAUCUUCAAUAUUGUGCAUAAUUCAGUAUUAGUCCUGUUCAAAGAUUCAUUAAAUAUUUCAAAUAUGAAAUUCACAAAAAGAAAUUUGACUUCUCAAAGUGCAAUAUUAGCGAAUUGAUCGAAAUUUAUGAAGUUUCCUUUUCGCACAAUUAAUUUUUCAAGGAUUAGAGCAUUAAACUUCUUAUUGAAACAAUACCAAAUAUGACAUGGCUCAAAAAUUUGUAAAUAGAGAAAAUAAAUGUAUCUGAUUCGGCAAUGCUUAAAUUCAUAGAUUUCAAUUGCUUUCAAUACCUAAAUGAGCUUAAUAUAUCCUCAAAUAACUUAAGUUAUGUCUGCUUUGAUGAGUUAACUAAACUUUUUAAGACAAGAAACUCCUUGAAUCUUAAAUAAUUAGAUCUGAGUAACACUAAACUUACUGAUAAAAGUGGUAUUGAGCUUUUCGAAUCUGUAUUAAAUUACACCUAGAUUAAGAUACUUAAUCUAUCUAGAAAUUAGAAUUUAGGAUUUAAGUUUUCUAGUUAUAGCAUAAACUUACUGAGAUCAUACCCAGAAAUUUAUCUCUAAAAACUAGAUUGCAAGUUGAGAGAGUCUCUAGCACAAGAAGCUUUGUUAAAUGAUGAAAGAAUAUCAAUUAAAAAACAAAUCAAUUAAGGCAAGGAAAAUGGAAGGUUACAGUUCAUGAGUUUCCACUAAUAACUUCAAAGAGGAGAUUCUAUAAAUCAUUCUUAAGAAUUAUAAAGACAUAGUACUAUCUAGCAAUAGCAAUAAUAACAUCACAAUUUUAAUAAUGCUGAGUACUUCGAGCUAAAUCUUAAGACCUCAGAAUAAUCAUAAAACUCAUCAUUCCAUCAAUCUCCUUAUAAUCAAAAUCUAAAGUUAAAAUUUAAACAGCAUUCCCCUAUCAGUAACUAUGGUUAAUCUCCAAAAGGUCAAAAAAAUAGAGAAACUAUCUUGACAAUGAGUCCUAUAUCACCUGUAGAAUCAACUAUAGGGAAAUAUCUGCAGAUCUAUGAUUAACAAACUAAAAAUCAACAAGAUAUCCUUGAAUAGACUACUAUCCACAAUAUUAAUUCUAAUUCAUUCAAGAAACAUGAAUUGACAAACUUGCAUUAGAGAAGGAAAAAUUCUAAGGAGAAAAAGAAUGAGCACUUCAAGUAAAGAGAGUCCUCCUAGCCUUAUAAGAUACAUGAGCAAAUAAAUUCCUCUUCUCAGACUUUGGACGAUAGGUCGAUAAUAAGUAGUCUUUCAAAUAUUCUUCAAACCUAAGAUUCUGUUGGAUAGGAGCACGAAAAUCCUGUCUACAAGAACUAGUAAUAAUAGAAUAAUCCAGUAAAAUAGAGCAGCUUGAUUAUAAGACCAAGGUCUAAUACAUAUGGUAAUGAUAAUUCAUAAAGCUUUAACUUGUAAAAUAUACAAACAUAGAGUUUUCAACUGUAACCAUACAGGCCACCACUAGCUGAUUAUAAGCAAAAGACAAUAAGCUAUAAUUAUGACAGACAGAUAUUCCAGCAAUUCAUAGAGUAGAUCUUAUAGCAAAAAGAGAAACAACUCUAAUCUAACAACUAAGAGACAAAUGUCCUAAGAGAAGUUACUUAGACAACAGUCUACUAUAAUUAAGAAUCCAAGGAUAGCUAAUACUUCAGUUAAAUGCACUCAAAGAACUUAAAAGAAGGAUAUUAGUAAUAAUACUAGCCAUCUUUAGUCUUAAGAAACAUUAAUUACAUCUGGGUAGACUCAGUCUACUUUGUUUAAUCAAUUAAGUGGGGUCUAAAAUAUAAUCUCGAAUACUCAAUAAAAGCCAUUGCAACCGCAUUAAAAUUCCUAUCUUAACAUUAGAUAAUCAAAUUUGAUAAACAAAAAGCAAUAAUCUCACAUUUCUACCAGACCAACAUCGUCAAUGAAUACAAAAAGACCUAUGACUAAUUCGAAUUCUCAAGAUAAUCUUGUGACUUAAGUCUAUACACCAAUUAACAUAUAGAAUAAAGAAAAUAUUGUGAGAAACUAAAUUAACAUUUAAGAGAUGUCUUAGUUGAAAGUAAUUAUCAAAAAUGA